AUGCCACCUAAAAGAAAAGCAGUUUGGGAUGACCUGGCACAAAGAAUGUCAGCGAAGCGAACCACAAAAGCUGGACAGAAAGCAAGCGAUAAAACGCCUAAUGCGCCAUCUGAAAUAAUCGUCCAAAAGCUCUCAUCCGAGCCAGACAACAAACAGACGUACAAGCCAAUUCAACCACGUGAGUUCGUCUCAUUUGAAUAUAAAGAACUCACACUGCUAAAUCUUAAAAAAGCAUGUGCAUCACAUUUUAAUCUGCCGUACGCAACGUGCGAUGUUUUGGUAUCAAAUAAAGGCCCCUCAUGUACGAAUAUUAAUCAGAUACCAUAUCGAAAAGACAAGGUAAGCAAACACAAUAAUUUAUUGAUUAAUUAUUCUAAACAAAUAUACAGUUCACAGAUAUGGAUCAUACUGUCCUAUUUCUCCCUCGUCGACUAAUAUGUCUAUCGUGAAAAUGGAUUUCACCAGCCUGCUUUUAUACGAAAAUUUUGCUGGCAUAAAAUCUGGUUUCAAACAUGAUUUCUUAACAUUGCAUUUCAUGGGCGUAUGUACAAACCGGAGGGGGGGGAGCUCAAUAAUGUUAAGUUAGAUUUGUAAAUUUUGCUGAAAAUUGUCAUCUAAUAAAUUAUGGCCCAGACCCCCUUAAUUACUUUACAGUAUAUACUUUCCCUAGUCCCCCACCCACUUUCGGAGAACAUUGAUGAUGGGCCAUUACAUUUAAAGUCCACCCCCUGUUUUCCAUGUGGAUAUAUUAAGCAAAAUAGUUGUUGUUUGAUUUAUUAAACAAAAGGACAACAAAGGACUAAGUUACAUUUAGCAAAUGUGUACUAUUAUGUGCUAGUCAAUGUCAACCCUUACAGUUACAACCUUUUGCUGUCAAAAACAGCACGUCUUACCAGUGCUCUAUCUUGUCUUAAGAUAUUCAUCUCAUGCUGAAUUUGUAGCUCAAGCUCAUGAAGAUUUUCUGGGGGCAUUUGAUAAACCUUGCUCUUUAGAUAGCCCCAGAGAAAGAAGUCAAGUGGAGUGAGGUAUGGCGAUCUUCGUGGCCAUUCCACGGCACGAUUCAACACAACUCGAUCUUGAAAUACUCUGUCAAGCGAUCCGUGACCAUUCUUCUCCUAUGCGGAGGGUGCACCGUCUUGUGGCCCACCGUGUUGUGACCCACCAAAUUGGUCGGUUUCUCACGUCUGACAAACAACCAAAGAUGAAAGUUCUUAUCUCACCCUUUUAUAGCUAUGUGGAACACCUGAAUAUUAGGUUAUCUUUUUCAUGUGAGCAUAUAGAUAACAUUUCUACACAAUAGUCCUUAUGAAGGGUUAUUUCAAACUCGAAAAAGGCGAUUGUUUUUCAGAGCCAGACUUUAAAAGAAACCGCCUGUCUGACAUUUUAUAGCAGCCUGCAAUGGCGCACAAAAUAAUUUUGGCUAAAAACCUGUUGCUUUCCCAAUAGAAGCAUGAGAAUAUUGAGCUAAAAGUCUUACCUGAUAUAUGUUUAAAAUGUUUUUCUCUUUGUGAUGCUUUUCAGUGCUUUGAGUACAGAAGUAAAUAGCUUUUAGUUUUGUCACCGCAAAUUGCCUUUCAAAAUGCCCUUACCUGUACAGAAAAAGUAUGGCAAUGUUUGGGCCAUAUAUGACCCAUAUGUGGCAUGAUAUGGGACAAUAUAGAUAUCAUGUGGGAUUGGUAUGAUGUCUAAAUUUGUUAAAUAUUGAGAUAUGGAAAACCUAUGGAAACAAACACAUUGCUAUUAAUUAUUGAAAUUAUUGUUAAAUAUUGAGAUAUGGAAAAGCUAUGGAAACAAACACAUUGCUAUUAAUCCUAUGGGAAAUCUGUGGGGUUACUUGGCCCAUAGGUAAUUCACAUCAAUGGCAUACUUUUACAAAUAACCAAUUGGGGCUGGCUACGCGCCUGCUUGUGCAUGCAUUUGUGCACAGUAAUAACAUGCCUUUUCGUAUUUGCUAGGUAUACCUUCUGCGAUUUGCAUUGUUGCAAGACCAUGAUGAAGAUGAUGCUGGUGAUGAUGCUGGUGAUGAUGACGAUGAGUUAAAUACUGAACACCAACAAAGAAUUAGGAAGCACAAUCUAUCAGCCCCAGUUCAGUCUGUCAAGCCAAGUGUAGAGAUUACAUACCCAGAUUCGAUAUCUGUGGAGGAAUUGCUCAGAGCUGGUCGUUUGGUUAGACCAAAAGCAAGAAAACUGAUAUCAUUUGAAGUAGAGAAGUUCAACAUGGAAACUCGGCAGUGGGAGCCAGGAAUGAAUAUCACAGCAAUGGUCGAUGAUGAGAAGUUCUCUUCUGGUGGCUUUAGAGAUGCCUUUUUAGCUGUUGAAAAAGGCUCCAGUAAGAAAAAAUGGGUUGUAAAAAAAUACAACCUAAAUGCAUUGAAGAUCAUCAGUGAUACACUGAAGACAAGUGUUGAAAACCACACAAGAAAACAAGUACAGAUGAAUUCUGUUGCACAUGUCAUUGCAAGGAAAUUUUCUUCAAAGGUCCCAGAAGAAUUUGGAAGGUGUUUCACAUACAAUAACAUCUACUAUACCCAGCUUCAUGGUCGACCUGCAACAAUAGAAGAUUUUGUUGAAGGUAAAUUUGUUAAGCAUAUUAACAAUAAUGGAAACUGUGUUGAUCUUGGCCCCGAUUGUGAAAUUGAAAUCAAAACCAUCCAGGAGAAGGCCCAAGCUCUUGUUCACUUCAGCUAUAUUACCACAGAUAACAAGAUGCUCCUAGUUGAUAUCCAGGGUUCCAGAUAUCACUUGUAUGACCCAGAAAUUGCCACCAAAGACCUCUAUGAUGCAGAAGAUGAAGAAGUGGAAAUAUAUUUCUGCUGUGGGAACCUGGCAAGUGUGGCUAUUGACACAUUUAUGAAAAAUCAUGUUUGCAACAAGUAUUGCGAGAUGUUGGAUUUAAAGCAGUGA